UCAAGAUGCAGCCCAUAGUGGACGGGAACUGGUAUUUAAUAAUCUUCGACAACGUUUUUGGAUAAUCGGUGGAAGGAACGCUGUCAAGUCUAUUUGGAACGACUGUCAGUUAUGUAGAAUAAGGAGAGCAAGACCUGACCCACCUCUGAUGGGGUCAUUACCCGAUAUAAGGCUGACUCCUGGUGGACGCGCUUUCCAGUAUACGGGUCUGGACUAUUUCGGCCCAAUGCUGGUCAAGGUAGGCCGUCAUCGAGAGAAGAGAUAUGGAGCUCUUUUCACCUGUCUUACGGUUCGAGCUAUCCAUAUUGAGGUGACACAUGAUUUAUCAACAAGCAGUGCUAUCAUGGCCAUCCGACGUUUCAUUGCUCGUCGUGGUUGCCCAAGACAAAUAUGGAGUGACAAUGCCACCACUUUUAAAGGAGCCGACCGUGAGCUGAAAUUGUCCGUGGCGGCCUUGGACAAAGACGAACUAACUAGGAUGGGAAGUACCAGGGGAAUUGACUGGCACUUUAUCGCCCCUAACGCUCCUCAUAUGGGAGGUUGUUGGGAGCGAAUGGUGCGCUCUGUUAAGACUGCUCUCCGUGUCACUCUAAAAGAAACAGCGCCGAGUGAUCAAGUUCUGUCAACACUCCUAGCGGAGACAGAACAUUUUGUAAAUAGUAGACCACUAACGUAUGUACCUAUUGACAAGGACGACGACUUACCUUUAACUCCGAAUGACUUUUUGAUGACGAAGACAAAUGACAUGGACCAUCCUUUGGGUAUCUUUGACGACGAUGACUUACUGCGACGAUCCUGGCGUCACUCCCAGCGACUGGCCGACCUUACCUGGAAACGUUGGAUAAAAGAGUACUUACCAACUUUGACAAGACAAGACAAAUGGUUUCGACAAGAAACACGACCGUUAAUGACUGAUGACGUUGUAAUUAUAACUGACGAUCAACUCCCACGAAACCAGUGGCCCAAAGGACGAGUGACGGCAGUGUAUCCUGGGAAGGACGGCAGGGUUCGAGUAGCUGACGUGCUGACUUCGACCGGACUCUAUAAGCGACCAGUGACAAAGCUGGCCAGAUUGGACGUCCGCGCCUAG